GGGGCGGGGGAGGGGAGGGAGGGAGGGAUCCUCCGGUCCAGGCCCACACGAAGGUCCGAUACGCUCAGAUCAGCUAGAACUGCUUCCGGGAGUUACAAAUCAUGUGAUGAGCGUCGGGAGCAUCUGGAGCAUCUAGUGCCCCGGUGGUGGGCCCAUGAAUCUAUUCCCGAGUGAUGAGAGUCCUCCAUAAAGGCCUAUGGAUUUCUUCAGUGUAGGUGACUUUUUUGGGGUCCCGGGGAAGCGAGGUAUGUUGUGAGAAUACCCGUCCGCCCGGGACCUGACUGUCACACGAGUAAGCCCAACAACUUCUUUCAGAACUACUUCUACCUCUUCUCGAGCUCAUCCCAAGCGAAGACUGUUUCUUCCCACUGGACCUCAGUGGAUGAUGCGAAGGGAGAGCCGGGCAGGGAAGGAGGGAGCAACGCCUUGAAUGAAUGUGGAGACAGGUCUGGUGGGAAAAUCUGUCGAGGGGAGAACUUGAGUCGGUGCUCUCGUUCAGGGGAUAGACUGUAGUUGUAGCAGGUUAGGUUCGGACGGGGAGAUGGUGAAUAGCUUUAACGGUUCGAAGAAGGACAUGCAGCGGGAGCUGAACUCCAUGGCGUCAGCUGAAUCUGUUGAUCCGUAUUGGGGAAGACCGGUAGAGGGCUUGGAUGAACAACCGCUUUCAUUAAGAGAAACCAUGGCUGAUGAAACUGAUACAAGAAAUGACGAGGUUAUACCCGAUAUGAAAUUGGGUCAGCUAUUUAAGCACCAUUUGAAAGAUUGGCUGGUUAUCGUACUUCUGAUCAUUCUCGAUGUCGUUUUGAACAUCAUUCAUCCCUUCAAUAGAUACGUUGGAUCCAUGAACAUUGACUCGGUCAGGUUUCCACACAAAAAGAACACUGUUCCUGUUUGGAGUGUGCCGAUCUACGCAGUUCUGCUUCCCAUCCUCAUAUUCAUAGGUUAUUUCUUCAAGAGGAGGGACGUUAGGGACUUACAUCAUGCUAUACUUGGAAUAUUAACUGCGGCCUUGAUAACAGCCGUCCUUACCGAUUCUAUCAAGGAUGGGGUUGGGCGUCCACGGCCUGACUUUUUCUGGAGGUGUUUUCCUGAUGGCUUUGAGAAUUAUGACAUGAUAACUCGUGAAGUGAUAUGCUCCGGUGACCCUGCCGUCAUCCGAGAAGGAUACAAGAGUUUCCCCAGUGGCCACACUUCAUGGUCUUUCGCUGGCCUUGGCUAUCUAUCUUUCUAUCUAGCAGGGAAGCUUGUCAUAUUUGACAGGAGGGGAUUCACAUGGAGACUUUCACUGGUGGUUUUGCCCCUCUUGGCUGCUGCCUUGGUUGCCGUCUCCCGCGUUGAUGACUACUGGCACCAUUGGCAGGAUGUCACAGCCGGUGGACUCUUAGGAUUCUUUGUGGCAUAUUUCUGUUACAAGCAACAUUUCCCAGAUUUCAGUGAUGAGAAGGCGGGUUACCCAUACCCAUAUAUACCUCUUGUAAGUGUACCUCUGGCAUCUCACGCCAGUCAACAUGGCAGUCAGCACCCCAUUCAUAACACUCGUCCAAGAGUAAAUGGUGGAUCAUAUGAUUUGGAGAACGGACGAAUGUAGUCUCAACUCCGUAGAUCUUUUUCAUCCAGUACGGUAUUGGUGGCUAGUUAAUUUUGCUUUCAAUGAAACUAGUGUCAUCCACUUUUCUCGCCCUUUUUUACUAUUUACUCUCGAUGCUAUACGACUCAUCAUAAAUAUCAUCCUCCGACGACGUUGAAAAGUUUGAUACAAUUUUGCUUGUAGUUGUAGACUCGUGUAAAUAGUGCUCUCAUAUACCUGUCAGAUUUAUAUUUGUACAGGUGAUUAUUGGAUCUCAAUAGUGAAAAUUUCGAUAUCAUUUAAUUAGCUCAGCCGAAUUCAUUGGGCCUGACAUACUGGAAUGUCUUAGAGCAAUUGACGCUUUAAAUACAUUCCAAUCUGUCGGGAGCGAUAUCCAGUGAUAAAUGUUCCUCUCUGUCGUUGUGGACGCUUUAUAUUUCUCAGUGAAACUUUGCAGGCAACCAUCUUUUGGUGCAUUUAAUCAUGACAAUUGCUGCAUGUCUCCGUAGAG